AUGGCUUCAAUGGGUGAAUUAUAUCGUAAUUACUGGAUUCUGGCUGAUGCCAAGGAGGAGGAUCUGCCCAAGCACAAACGAUCAUAUGCGGCAAUUUUGGAUGGCAUCAGUGGAGGAUUUAAGGAAAGAAUGUUGGCAGCCCGAUUGAUCCCCAAAUUCUUUAAGUACUUUCCAGAACUGUCUGCUGUUGCUUUCACUGCCCACCUUGAUUUGUGUGACGACAAAUAUAUUUCAGUUCGCCAUCAAGCAGUACGGGGACUGUUGCAAUUUGCCACGAAUGAAAACCUACCUAACGUUGCCGAUGUUCUUAUACAGUUGUUAAAGACAGAUGACGUGGCUGAACUUGACUUGGCAAAUAAUGCUUUGUUGCAUAUUUUAAAAGUGGAUGCCGAAGGCACAUUAAAAAAGAUGAUUCAUUAUAUCCGUAAAGGAAAGAAAAUUGUACGAAAGCGAGCCAUCAAAUUUCUUUCCUUGAAGCUAAAAUCUCUGCCGGAGGAAGUGAUGUCGAAAGAAGCCGAACAAUUAAUUCUGUUUAAUUACAAGAGGAUGUUGAAGGUUGUCGGUGGAGAAGAUUUUUAUCUGUUCAUAAGAAUCCUUUCUUCUUUACAUAUCAUGCAAAAUGACAAAGGUAGACAGCUGCUGGUGGAUCUCAUGUUCAUGGAAGUUGAUCUGCAUGAAACUAAAAAUGCUGACAGUCUUGAUUCUAUAUACCGCUUUAUUAAGUGUACUCAACAAGUUAUGCCUUUCUUUUCGACAAAUGUCCACUCUAAUACAUUUGUGACUCAUUUCUGUGAGAAGAUUCUUCCCAUAUUGGGCUCCUUAAACAAUCUAGAAGAUGACAAUGAUGUCCACCUUGAGGUGCUGAAACUGUUGGCAGAAAUGAGCAGAUUCUGUGGAGUAAAUGACAAAAUCGAAUACUGUAUGCUUACAGUUUUUGAUACAUUACUGAAUUACUUGCCUCUUCCCCCUGAAGAUGCAAAAGACAAUGAAGACAUUAAACUGCAUUUCAGCCAUAUCGAGUGCUUACUAUUUGUAUUACAACAGCUAGGAAAAAAGCUUCCAGACUUUCUCACCAUGAGAGUGCAUGGAGAGAAACUUGCAGAUUUUCAAAUCAGGUUACAAUACUUUGCUGAAAACCUUCAAGAAUUCAUUCAGCCAUUGCGUCUGGCUUUGGAAGAAAAUUCAGAGGAAGUUAUGAAACCUGGAGAGCGGAAAAUCAAAAGGGAGGUUUUAAAAAUAAUGAGCAACAUUGAGACUUUGAGAGAGGAUUUGUCUAGCUUUCCUCCGUCCUACAAAAGCUCGGUGACACUUUCUUGGACCCCAGAGACAGAAGCAGAGAUUGGACAAAAAAGAAAACUUGAAAUGACUGCUUCUAUGUCUCCCCCAAAGAAGCAGAAAACAGAUUUGAUGAAAUAA